UUCGUAGUAUGUUAGAUGCAGCUGGUUUUAAUAACACCAUGAUUCUUGGUUCUGAUAAUCACUGGGAUAUAGCAGACGAUAUUUUAAAGGAUCCUGAUUUAGCAAAGGCAGUUUCUGUUAUCGGAGCUCAUUUUCCCGGAACCUUUAGCACCGAUUCUGCAGUGAAAACUAACAAAACGUUGUGGGCGUCCGCUGAUUAUAGUACCUUUAACGAUGAAGUUGGUGGCGGCUGCUGGGCUAGGAUUUUAAACCAGAAUUAUGUUAAUGGUUUGAUGACAGCGACCGUCUCAUGGAAUCUUAUAGCCAGUUAUUAUUUUCCCCUCCCCUUCUAUGAGCAGGGGUUAAUGACCGCCAUGGAACCCUGGAGCGGACAUUAUGAAGUCAAAUCACCAAUCUGGAUAACUGCUCACACAACCCAAUUUACUGAUAUUGGCUGGGACUACCUUCAUCAUGAUCAUGGAGUGGGUUUGCUUGACAACGGUGGUAGUUACGUAGCUCUCACAUCUCCAGACAGAAAACAGCUAACUAUUGUCAUUGAAACUAUGACCCAUGAUCAUUCUAUCUGUAUCAGACCUGGUCUACCUAGUUACCAAGUUAGACCACAGUCUUUUAGUUUUCAACUUAAUGGAUCAUACGCAAAUAUCAAACAAUUAAACGUAUGGCACAGUAAACCAGGAUUUUACUUGAAAAAUUCGACUUUCUUCAUAAAAGAAACACCACUACAGGUGGUUAAUGGUAUGGUAUCAUUGGAUGUUGGUGUUGAUGAAGUCAUCACUUUAACAACUGUUGAUACUGGAGUGAAAGGGUCUUACCCAGAAUCGCCAAUUUCUAAAUCAUUCCCACUUCCUUAUACUGAAGACUUUGAAGGUUAUGAUAUUAAUGGAGAUGCGUAUAAUUUAGCUCAGCAGACCGGCGCAUUUGAAGUAGUUGAUCAUAAUGGUAAUAAAGUUCUACAGCAGAUGGUUCUAUCACAACCAGUUAUUAACUGUGGUGUAGAUUCUUUUAAUACAUCCCUUAAUCUAGUUGGCAGCUACGACUGGACAGAUAUAUCAAUAAGUAUAGACGUAUUGGUGUCAGGAGUAAACACAACAGAUGGUGUUUAUGUUGGUGCCAGAAUUAAUCUGGGAGGUUGUAGAGCGCCUAAGGCACUAGGACUGUAUUUCUACUUAUAUCCUAAAGAAGGACGGUUUUCUGUUUUCGAAGGAUUCGGUAAGUUUUCAUUUUAA